ACAAAAAUAGAUACUUAUAGCAUCUUUGUUAUUUAGCUUUUGAAGUCUUUGUCAUAACACUUGGCAUCUUUUAUCAGGUGUGAUGGGUGCGAGAAGCAGCCAUACAGUGGAUCCGGUGGUGAGCCGUAGAUACUCAUCGGAAUCAGAGUCGGUGCUGGUCGUGAGGCGCCGACCGUCUAUGGUGAACGGAGGAGGAUUCGUGGUGAGUAAUAGCAAACAACAAGUAUUGUUUAGAGUUGAUGGGUGUGGAGUUCUUGGAACCAAAGGCAAGAUUCUCUUGAGAAAUGGUGACGGCGAUGAUUUGCUUCUCAUCCGCAAGAUGGGAGGAAUAGUGCAGGCACUGAACAUGGUACACAAGAAAUGGGAAGGUUUUGGAUAUGACAAAGAUGGCACAGAGAGGUUGGUUUUCACAUUGAAGGAUCCAAAAGAUUCAUGUCUGGUUCACAACGGUUCAAUCAUAAUUUUGGUACACGGCAAACCGAAGAUAAUACCAACAAAUCACAACAACUAUGUGGAGAUCAACGGGUCUUUCGCAGAGAGAGCUUGUAACAUCAUGAAUUCAGAUGGCAGACCCAUAGCUAAGGUGAGAAGAGAUAAAGAGAUGGAGGAAAUGGUGGGGGACAACAAUAAGGAUCUGUAUCAUGUAAUAGUCAAACCAAACGUGGAUCAAGCUUUCAUCAUCGGACUCAUCGCUAUACUCGACUAUAUCCAUGGCGAAUCCACCAUCUGUUGUUAAAAAUCUUCUUUUAUCUCCUCUAUCUAUUUAUAUCACAUACUUUGAUAUAUAUAUAUCAAACCAUACCAAAAAUGUUGAAAUGGUUUGUUUCGAUCAUUUACAAAUUAAGUAACAGAGUUUGGGAUUUGCUUAAUCAUAAAGAUUUUAACA